AUGGAAGGAAUUGUUGCCUCAGGGCCAGAAGAGCCGUGGGGGGCUCAGAGGCGAGGUCACCCGGCUACCCGCCGUUCUCUGGUCACAGCUCCCCGCCCCCUCGUCCGGCGCUGCCCGGUCACCGGGACCUCGGGAGCCAACCACCGCCUCCCCUCCGUGCACCCCAAACCCCUGCGCUGCUACCGAUGCAUCCUGGAGACCAAGGAGCUGGGCUGUGUCUUGGGCUCUGGCGUCUGCCUCACAGCCAAGGGUGGAGGCUGCCUAACCACCAUUAUUCACAAUGGCAGUAAGGAGGAAGUCAUCAUAAGCGACUGCAGGUCGAAGGAUCGGCUGUCAGAAUGCUCACUGUCACUGGCCUCCCCUGUGCCAGGUCUUUGGGUGUCUUCUCGGUGCUGCCUUGAGCCACUUUGUAAUUCUCCAUCACUCCGUGACCAGGCCUUGUUGCAGAAUCAAGAUAAAAAUACUAGUGUGGUGUUGGAUUUCCUCAUUCCCAUUCCUAGCUCUAAAGUCACCACCGCUCACUCUCCCCCAAAACCCUCAACCAGCCAAACUGAAUGGCCCUCAGACUAUGACACCUAAGCAGCCCUUUCUGAGAGCUCUCUUAGAGACCACUGACCUUGCUUGGCCCCAAACUUAAUCCUGCUUUAGAAUACAGCUAGGGAUCUCCAUUCCAGUGAGAUUCCCUAUACCUUGUUCUGGGACUUGUCAGGAAGACCCAAGUUUCAGCCUGUCCCUCGGGGUUCCCCAUCCACCCCAACCUCACUCUGCCUAUAUCUAAGUCAAUUCACCACAUUUGUGAAACAUCUCAACUACAUACAGGACACUUAGGCACUCUACUAUCCCCAGAUGAUAUAGAUGAUGGACUUUCAGAGGCAGGAGAGACCCCAGAGGUGAUCUAGCCCAUGACCACACCUCCCCAGGCCCCAAACAUUUUACUGGUUGCCUCUCUAGACCUCAUUUUCCUAAUCUGUAAAGUGAAGAAACCCUCAGAGUUGUCAUGGAAAGCAUUUUGUCAACUCUAUAAAACUAAGUGAAUUUUAAUUAUUAGUCAAAGUCACGUCAUCAUUGGCAAAGGCCAGGACUGGAGCCCUCACCUCCUAAGUUCCAGCAGACUCGUGCUCUUUCCAUUGCAGCUUCCCUCUGGAUUGGAUCAUUUAAACAUUAUCUCCACUUUCUCCCUACUGCCCUUUUCCCCAUUAAUGAUAGAAAAGGAAGAGUUGGAUUGGUCAGGUCUCUCCACACCUUAGUCUGCUCUAA